UGGUGGUUCUUGACACUCUCUCGGAGAGCGUGGUUACAGUACUCAGCAACAAAAGUGGGGGAGGAGAGGGAGAGAGAGAGAGAGAGAGAGAGAGAGAGGGAGGAGGGAGAGAGCAACUGCAGAGACAGAGAGGGUGAGCUUCUACUUGUUUGUACGCUAAAAUCACACCCUCCAACAACACUUGCAGUCCAUCUCCCUGCUUCACCAUUUUCAUCUCACUACUUUCACUACCAGAACUCCAUAGCCUCACAACAUCAGAACGCAAAAACAAAAGCAAUCAAACAAAAAUCAAGAACACACAUACCCCCCAUUAAUUGCCCCUUCCAUCUCUCUCCUUUCAUCUCCUCCGGUACCCCCUCCUGAUCUUCUCCUUCCAAGGCAUCAUCCACCCAUAAUUAAUAAUGAUGGAGGAAAUGUACGGACUCCACUCUGCCCCGGACUUCUCCACUCACGACUCUCCACUUCUGGCGCCCGAGCUGCAGACUCAACUCGUCUAUCCGGUCGAUUAUCAUCCCGCCGGCGGAGGGUUUGCGUCACCGCCGCCUCCCCUGUUCCACGAUCGCGUCCCGAUUCUGGGGUCGUCGGACCCUUCGUCGGGAGCUUCGGAUGCGGCUUCCAUGGUGGCGGAAGUCCAGAGAGGGGGCUCCGAAGAAGAGAUUUCCAGUGCAAUUCGGGCCAAAAUCGCCUCUCACCCUCUCUACCCCAAACUCAUUCAAGCUUACGUCGAUUGCCAGAAGGUGGGAGCGCCACCGGAGAUGGCGUGUUUGUUGGAAGAUAUUCAGCGGGAGAGCGAUCUUUCUAGAAGAAUCACCGCUGUUUCUUCUUGCUUGGGUGCCGAUCCCGAACUCGACGAGUUCAUGGAAGCAUACUGCGAUGUAUUGGUGAAGUACAAAUCGGACCUCUCAAGGCCAUUCGACGAGGCCUCAACAUUUUUGAACAACAUACAGACCGAGCUCAACAAUCUCUGCAAUGGUGCUGCUUCCAGAAGCUAUGUUUCUGAUGAGGCAGUUGCGUCAUAUGAGGAGGACUUUAGUGGAGGAGAGAUAGAGGUGCAAGACUGUCCACACGACAGUGAAGAUCGAGAGCUUAAGGACAGGCUAUUACGUAAAUAUAGUGGUUAUAUUGGCACAUUGAAGCUUGAAUUUUCAAAGAAGAAGAAGAAGGGAAAACUACCAAAAGAAGCAAGGCAAACCCUUCUUGAUUGGUGGAACAUUCACUACAAAUGGCCAUAUCCAACGGAAGCAGACAAGGUUGCACUGGCUGAAGCAACUGGCCUAGACCAGAAGCAAAUAAACAACUGGUUUAUAAACCAAAGGAAGCGCCACUGGAAGCCAUCAGAGAACAUGCAAUAUGCUGUUAUGGACAAUCUCUAUGCACCAUUUUUCACAAAUAACUGAGGCACUGCCGAGUACCUACAUACGAUCCGACUGCCUCCAUUGGCCCAAUAUCAACCAAUGGUUUGACCCUGCUAGCCGACCAUCUUGGUACCCGCAUCGUUUAAUAUGUGUGGUUGCACAUGUACAUCUAGUUACGAUAUCGUGUCGUAUUAUAUAACAGUGGUUUCAUUUCACCCAGCAAAGAAAAUAUUUUUCAACCCUCCCGGGACUCUCAAGCUGUGGUUCCGUGUAUCAUAAAUUCAAUUUAUACAAAUAUGAUAACCUGCGCAAUUUCAGUAUUUUUCACAAAUUCAAAUAAUAGCAUUGGGUUUAAA